AUGGAGAAUACAAACAAUGUGUCCGAAUUCAUUCUGUUAGGAUUCUCCCAGGAUCAGGAGUUACAGCAAGUGUGUUUUGUGCUGUUUUUACUCUUCUGUGUAGUUAUCAUUCUGGGAAAUCUGCUCAUCAUUGUCACUAUAAAGCACAGUGAGUGUCUGAAUCCCAAUGUAUUUCUUCCUUCCUUUCUGUCCUUUAUAGACAUCUGCUACACUUCUGUCACAGCCCCAAAGCUGAUUGCAGACUUCCUUAUUGAGAGAAAAAACAUCUCCUUUGCUGACUGUAUAGCACAGCUCUUUGGUGUCUAUUUCUUUGGGUACACUGAGAUCUUCCUCCUCACAGUGAUGGUGUACAAUCAUUACAUUGCGAUCUGCAAACCCCUCCAUUAUACGACCAUUAUGAACAACCAUGUGUGUAGCUGGAUGGUGGUGGCUUCAUGGGCAGGGGCUUUGUGCAUUCCAUGGUUCAGACUCUUCCAGUUACCCUUCUGUGGGCCCAAUGAGAUAGACCUUUAUUUCUGUGAGGUGCACCCUUUGCUGAAAUUGUCCUGCACUGACACUUGUAUAGUUGGCAUUAUAGUUGUUACCAAUAGUGGGAUGAUUUCUCUUUGCUGUUUUGUAGUGCUGGUUGUAUCCUAUGUUGUCAUCUUAGUCUCCUUGAAAACUCGCUCUUCCAAAGGGCAUCUCAAAGCUCUCUCGACUUGUGCAUCCCACAUCACUAUAGUCAUUUUAUUUUUUGGGCCAUGUAUCUUAUAUAUGAGACCUUCCACCACCUUCUCUGAGGAUAAGAUGGUUGCUGUGUUCUACACCAUUAUCACCCCUAUGCUGAAUCCCUUGAUCUGCACCCUGAGAAAUGUGGAAGUGAAAAAUGCCAUGAAAAAAUUAUUGAGCAGAGAAGUGACUGUUGGAGGGAAAUUUAAAAUGUGA